AGAACUUGGACUAUGCAACCCCCAAUCCAUUCCUCUUCUGCUCCCGGCGUUGUUGCUGUUUUCCCUUCAAACCCAUCAGUUGCAAGUGCCGUCAACCGAGCAAGUGACGCGAGAACAUUGAACAUCUUUCUCUCUAAUACGCGCGCCGCCUCAAACCCAUACCUAUAAUGCUUCUUAUCUCGGUUGGGUGUUGGAUCUGAGAUGAAUUAAAGCUGCCCGCUUGAAUGCGCAGUGCGGCACCACCAUGACCAAUCUUGGCUCUUUAACGACGACGUUCACACCACCAGCCAGUUGCACCACCAACACACCCCAGAUAUAUCAGGUCUGGAAGGGGAGCACAUCCCAAUACAUCCACGGUCCUCUCUACACACCUGAUUCGAAUUGCUUUCCUGAUGGUUACAAUGUGAUCCCGACCAACUACUACAACCCCGGAUUUUGUCCCAAGGGAUACACAGCAGCACCAUGUUCGCACUCUGGGCUCCCUGUGACAGAGACAGAGGCAGCGGGUGUGACUCAAACGGCAGUUCUGUGCUGUCCGAGCGGGGCUGUCCUCACCUUUACCUGCGCCGACAACACCGCUCAGGCACUAGCAUGUACCACAACCUUUCCCAAGGGAGCCGAGGUCGAGAUGGGUGUUACUGUCAUAUCCGAUGGAACCAUCGGAGCUCACACCACCGUAUUCGAGCGACGAGGCGGCAUCGGCGCCUAUGGCAUCCAGGUAGUCCUUGGAGCAAUGCAAGAUGGGCGCAUCCAGACCUCAGAGCAAGAUAACUCCGGCACGACGGCAACCGCUACCUCCUUACCGACGACACCUCAACCAACAACCACCGCCGACCCAUCAGCAACGACGACGAGCAGUAGUAGCGGCGGAGUAAGCACCGGCGCAGCCAUCGGCAUCGGUGUCGGAUCCGCAGCUUUCGCCCUUCUCGCCGCCGGCUCCGUGGGUCUCUUCUUCUUUACGCGCUGGCGACGGAAAAAGCGAUUACGACGUAGAGGAACCACCGGGAUCGCCGGAACCCGCAGCAGCAAAGGUGAUGGUGGUGGUGGUGGUCUCAGCAGCAGAAAUGGUCCGCCUGUCCCGCCCAAGGACGUGCAGCCGUACUACGAGCUAUCGGAAGAGGCCUGUUCGUACGUGGCAGCCUCAACGGCAGCGUCGGACCGUGGUCAUCAGUCGUCGAGGCACAUGAGGCACAUGAGCAUGUUCUCGGAUUCCCGAUCAACAGGUACUUCUGGCGCUACGCCACCACCUGGACAACCUGCGGAACCGGAACGGGCUUAUUUGUCGCCGGUUUGGCAGAGCCCGAGCCAGAGCCCGAGUCGCAGUCCGAGUUACGCGUACGGCCGUCCCGUCGAACACCCCGGGCACCAAUUUGCCGAAUUAGAAGCGGUGGUGCCAAUGGAGGCGGCGAGCUCGGACAUGCCCUCAUCGGCGGAACCGUCGUUGAUGAUUCCAAGUCGAUGGCAGAGCUUGCAGAGUUUGAAGAGCUGUACCGUUAGUCUGACUCCGACGACGAACCUUCAGGACCUUCCAGGAGGAGGUACGAUUAGCAGCACCAUGACGGGGACGGGAGGGAUGGAGUCCGUGACGAAUAGUUGGGCUAGUCGGGGGCGGUAUGGGGAGCGGGGGAUGUCACCAGCGCCGUGGAUCUAAUGCAGUUGAGUUAGUUGUUGGCCGGCUUGCGAGGCCCUGGACACUGGACAGGGGGCGAGGGUGCAUACCAGGGAGACAAUAUGCGGGCAAAAACAUUGGGAUCGGCGAAGACACAUAUAACACAACCAAAGGCAAGA